AUGCCCACAGACGUCGCAUUUGCGUUAGACAUGGACGGUGUUCUACGUCGAGACAGGCAUCCCAUACCCGGCGCGAGAGAGGCACUGGACACACUGGAUAAGAAUGGCAUCCCAUACGUCCUUCUUUCCAAUGGCGGCGUUCUUCCAGAACUGCUUGUCCGCGAAGUGGAAGAUAUCCUCGGGUACAAGGUUGCGCCAUCGCAGGUCGUGAAUACUGCAAGCAUGGCACUGGACUACCUCUCUAGUCGCUCCGAGGACACCGUUGUCCUGAUCGUCGGAGCCGCCAAACUGUCCCUCCCAAUUAUAAAGAAGUCCGGGCAUAGGAACUGUGUUUUUACAAUGCAAGUUGUUAGGCGCUUUAACACUGGGAUUAUUCAGGGGUACUGUGACAUCGAAGGUCAAUAUGCCCAGUGGCUCAAGGAGAGCCAAGUGACCGACGCAGACUUCCCUGUGAGCACCUUUGCUGAUGACUUCCCCACUCACGUGGAUGAGGUUUUCUUCUGUAACGAUAGCAAUACUUGGUAUCUCGACAUGCAAGUGGUGUUGGAAGCGCUUCUUCGAAAUGGGUCUGUUUCGGGUGAUGUCUCCAAUGGCUCUCUGCUGCCUCCCAUUUAUGUGGGCAACCCAGACAUAACAUACGGAGGAAGCUACGUUAUUCCACGACUUACUCUUGGAAGCCUUCUGGUUUCGACUUGCGAGGUCUACAAGCAGAUCAGGAACGUGAAUGAUCUAGAAAUUCACUAUUUGGGCAAACCGCAUAGCCCAAUCUUUAAUGAAGCUCACAAGCGGCUCAACUCAGGAACCAUUUAUAUGAUUGGAGACAGCCUUACGUCAGAUGUUACCGGAGCAAACAGGAGGAAAAUGGAUGGGUGGGUGUCUGUUCUUGUCCUCACUGGGCAAGCACACGAAGGAGACCUGAAGGAUAUCAAAAAGGGUGCAGAAAAUAUGCCAAUGAUGGUCUUUUCAGACGUGAAGGAAGCUGUUACCCAAAUACUAUAUCGACACGGUCACCACUUUCAGUAG